CUGAAGGACAAAGAAAGCUAGAAAAAUAAUAAAAAUAAUGUAGCCAUGAAAAUCUUUAGAUCCCUAUCUCAUUUUUCACUUAGUGAAACCACGAAAACAACCAAGCCCAGAAAAACCCAGAAGCUGAAACUUCUCCACCAUGCCUGCAAGGCCCUUCCCUGCAAAUCCCAACUCCCCAACUCCAAGACCACCCAGUUUCUUAACCAAAACCAGAGUCUUGUUCUUGGUUCUGACCAUUUCUGCCUCUUUAGUAAUACUUGCCUCUAUUCUCUACUUUCUUUACCAUCUUUGGCAGUCUCUUGUUCAUAAUAGAGCUAAGACCAUUCCAUUUGAUUCUAGUGCACCUCUAAAGCUUGAAAGAUUCCCAUACAAAGAGCUCAAAAAUGCUACUAAUGACUUUGAUUCCUCCAAUGUUAUUGGCAAAGGUGGUUCUGGUACUGUAUUCAGAGGCAUACUGAGGAGUGGUAAGUUGAUUGCCAUUAAGAGGCUCGAUGCUCUGUCUUUGCAGUCAGAGAGAGAGUUUCAGAACGAGUUGCAGAUACUUGGAGGCCUAAGAUCACCAUUUUUGGUGACUCUUUUGGGUUUUUGUGUGGAAAGGAAUAAUAGAAUCCUUGUUUAUGAGUAUAUGCCUAAUAAGAGUCUUCAAGAGUCACUUUUUGGAGAAGGGGUUUUGAUUUUGAGCUGGGAAAGAAGGUUUGAGAUCAUUUUGGACAUUGCUAGAGCACUUGAGUUCUUGCAUUUGGGAUGUGAUCCACCGGUUAUACAUGGAGAUGUUAAGCCAAGUAAUGUCUUGCUUGAUUUUGAGUACAGGGCAAAGAUUUCAGAUUUUGGGUUGUCAAGGAUUAAGGUGGAGGGUGAGUUUGGAGUUGAUAUGUUUAGUCAGGACUUGGGAAAGAGUCAAGAGCUGUGGAAAAGUGAAGAGCUUUCUGGGAACUUGACUCCGGAGACUCCUGCAAUUAGUACGCCAGUGGAGAGUCCUCAUGAGGUAGAUUUUGCUCUUGCUUUGCAAGCUUCUUCUUCUUCGAAAAAUAGUAGAACUUGUUAUAAUGUUAAAGCUUUGAACUUAAAUUCUGUGAAUUAUAAUGCCAACAUAAACGAGAGUGAUGUUAGGAAUGAUAAUGCUAAAGGGAAAGAGGUUUCAACAGUAGAAUUUGGUGGUGAAGAUGAUUGGAAUCAUAAUAAGUUUGUUCCUUAUGAUGAUGAGCCUUGUAGUAUUGAUCAUAGCAAGGAGUUCAAUUCAAACUCUUGCUCGGUUGCUGAUGAAGCUGUGGAUAUGAAACAAUGGGGAAAAGAUUGGUGGUGGAGACAAGAUGGUAGUGGUGAAUUAUGUAGUAAAGAUUACGUGACUGAGUGGAUAGGGAGUCAGAUUGGACCAACAACAAAUCCUGAUUGGGACGAAGAAAAGAAGAGCAUUCCUGACAAAACUGACUUGAUGGAUAAUUCAGCUCCCUUAGAUAAACUAGAAGAAGUAAAUGAACCCCAUUUACAAGCAUUCGGGUUUGAAGUUCCAGAGAAGAAAGAAUCAAAGAAGGGGAAGAAGAACAGAAAGAAGAAACCAAAGAAGAUGCAAGAGUGGUGGAAAGAAGAGCACUUAGCUGAGAUUAGCAAGAAGAAAGGUAGUAGGAGUAAGCUGAAAAAGCUUGAGGCCAAGUGGAGAAAAGGCUUCAAAAUCCCAAAUUUCGAUCUGGGCAGGCAGUUUUAUUUUCGCAGACGAAAGAACUUUGAUGAACAAGGGCAAAUUGAUUGUGAUGAAAAUGGAGAGUUCAGCUUCAGAAGGGGGUGGAAGAAGAGGAACAACAACUCAGUUGGAAGUGAUAUGUGGAGUGGAGAUCUAUUCAGUAGAGAGCUGAGCAGUACAACUAGCAUGAGAGGAACACUAUGCUAUGUUGCACCAGAAUAUGGUGGCUGCGGAUACUUAAUGGAAAAGGCUGACAUUUACAGUUUAGGAGUACUAAUUCUUGUCAUUGUAUCCGGUAGAAGGCCACUACAUGUACUUGCCUCACCAAUGAAGCUUGAAAAGGCCAAUCUAAUAAGCUGGUGUAGACACUUAGCUCAAGCUGGAAAUGUUUUGGAGCUGGUGGAUGAGAGAUUGAAAGAUGAGUACAACAAAGAUCAGGCCAGCUUGUGCAUCAACUUGGCCAUCACUUGUUUGCAGAAAAUGCCGGAGUUGCGGCCUGAUAUCGGCGAAAUUGUUAGGAUUUUGAGAGGGGAGAUGGGACUCCCUCCAUUGCCCUUUGAGUUUUCUCCUUCUCCACCCUCCAAGUUGUACAGCAAGUGCAGGAGAAAACAAAAGGCCACUGCAGAAUAGGCUUCAUAACAUUCUGUUUCAUUUCUAAUUUUAUUAUUAAUCCUUUUUUCUCAUUUCAUAUUGGGGUUCUUAAUUGGCGAGUGUAUUAUAGCUAUAAGCAGAGAUGAAUUGAAAGUUGUUGUUAGAAACAAACUAAACUUGUGUUGUACAAUAUGGAUUAUGUUGAUGUAAUGCAAUGUAUAUUAAGAUCAAACAUUUUUCUCUUA